CUUUUUUUUGUUCGAGGCCUCAUUCGUCACCUUUGUCUUUUUAUUUGGAGCAUUACUUAUCGUCAUUAUUAAGGAUCACUUGAUAAAAUAAUAGAAUUUAAAUUCAAUGAAAAACUCACCAUUUAUUUUCGAAAAAAACACGAGCGGUUGACAUCUAAAUCUACAUCAGGCACAGCAGAUACGUAGGCGGGUGUAGGCAAACAGGUGUGUAGGCGUGACACGAAGGGGAAUCUACUACCUACUAGGUACUCCACGCGUCAGCCGGCGGCGCUUAGAAAGAAUGUCGUUGGAGUGCGCUGAGAGGGCGGCCGGCCGGUGACGUCAGCCGGGGGAGACCGGGCCGGACAGGUGCCUCCUCCAUCACCGAGUGGCCGCGGAGCGGACGGACCCGGCGGCCGGCCCGGGCAGCCCGGUCGGUAAUAUUAGCCGCCCGCUGCGCCACACCAGCGCCACCACUGUCCACCGCGCUGUAAAAAAGCAGCGAGCCGUGCGGGCCGCCAGUCUGCGGCCGUCUUUCCUCCGUGCAGUAGUCGCGUGGCGGGCGGCCAGGCCAAGGACGUUCUGCGGUACUGCAGGGCUGCGGAACACGUGCACCGCUUGAGCAGGUGGUGUGUCAUCACCGCAUUCAGACGUUUCAUUGGUGCUCUCUUGUGAAGUCAGCUGGGAUGCUAAGGCCCCGAAUCGUGUGGCUGCUGCUGCUCGUGGCUUGUUGGUGUAGCGCGUGCGCCAGCGCCCAGAAGACAGUCAGUGAUGGCGCGUCCGCACUGGCAACCUCAGGUUCCUCCGAAACAAGCGAGAAGUCCGACGCUCCGACUGCGUUCCCGCCGCCGCCCACCGUGACUCCUACCGGGGAGAAGUGCAGCGAACUGGUGCUGGAGACGCGCGCCUCGCGCACCGAGAUCCUCCGCGGCGUGCAGCCCACCGUCAGCAUGGCCGAGGCGAUCGCCGUGUUCGCCGGCGUCGGCAUCUUCGCCUCGCUGAUCGCCUACGGCUUCCACAUGGUGCGCAAGCACAUCUACAACGACGCCGAUAACCUGGACACGACGUUCGACGCCGGCGGCAAGGUGUCCAUCGGCCUCACGGCCACCACCAUCGUGUCGCAGUGGACGUGGUCGGCCACACUUCUGCAGUCGUCGACGGUGUCUAGCCUGUACGGCAUCAGCGGUCCGUACUGGUACGCCGGCGGCGCCACCAUCCAGAUCAUCCUGUUCGCCGUGCUCUCCAUCCAGCUCAAGACGCGCGCACCCGGCGCCAAGACGUUCCUGCAGGUCAUCCACGCGAGGUUCGGGCCACGAACACACCAGGUGUACUGCGUGUUCGCCUUCCUCACCAACCUCGUGGUGAUGAUGUCGUUGACGAUUGCCGGCACGGCCGUGCUUAACAGCCUGGUGGCCGACCUCAGUCCCGAAAUGGCCGCUAUGAUGCUGGCCAUCGUCAUCGGCGGCUACACGCUCAUCGGCGGACUCGGCGCCACGUUCUACGUCUCUUACUUCAACACUGCGCUCAUCUUCAUCAUGAUCCUGAUGCUGGUCGUCGAGGUGUACUACAACCCUGCAGACAAUCCAAACAACCCGUUCGGAAGCUCCGAGCGCAUUUUCGACUUCGUUGAGUGCUGGAAGGCGCCACCAGGCAACAAGGACGGCAGCUACCUGACCUUCCUCUCGCAAGGUGGAUUCAUCUUCGGUAUCGUCAACAUCGUCGGCAACUUCGGCACCGUGUUCUGCGACCAGGCCUACUGGCAGAGUUCAGUAGCCGCCAAGCCGCUGCAGGGCGUCUGGGGCUUCAUUCUCGGCGGCCUCACCUGGUUCGCCAUCCCGUUCUGCCUGGCUACGACUCUGGGACUGUCGUACCUGGCCAUGAGCUCAGCCCAGGGCGUCGCCAUGCUGAGCGACAAGGACGUGGCCAAGGGUCUGGUGGCGCCCAUGGUGGCACAGACGCUACUCGGUCGCACCGGUGAGUACGCCAUGCUCUUCCUCAUCCUGAUGGCCGUCAUGUCCACUGGCUCGGCUGAGAUAAUCGCUGUAGCCUCUAUUGUCAUCUACGAUGUCUACCAGAUUUACCUGAAGCCGUUCCGUGCCGAGCUGGCCCCGGGUGAGUGCAUCCUCUGCGGACAUCGCGUGCGACCCACCAACGAAGACCCGAAGCGUUGCCUGUGCCCCUCGAUGCAGCGCUGCGAGCCAUGCCGACAGGAUGACGCAGCGCGGGCCGCCGUGGACAGCCUGGUGAAGCCGCACUACACGUGCUCCGUGCACGGUCAGUUCCGCGAAUACCAGGAGCGCCUGCUCUACUAUAAGAACUGGAGCAUCGUUUGGACGACAUUCUUUUCGAUCCCGCUGUGCAUCUUCUGCUGGGCAGUGGAUCUCGACCUGGCGUGGACGUACUACUUCACCGGCAUCCUGAUCUCGUCGGCCGUGGUGCCAAUCGCACUCUCGAUCCUGUGGGUGCGCGUCAGCUCGCGCGGCAUGAUUGGCGGCGCCGUCGGCGGCUGCGUCUGCGGCAUCACCAGCUGGCUCGUGUACGCAUCCACUUAUCCGGGCGGCCUGGCCAACUUCGUGGUCAACACGGGCCAUCAGACGCCGAUGCUGAUCGGCAACAUCGUCUCGGUGACGGUCGGCGGCCUCGUCUGCAUCGCCGUCUCGCUGGCGGACAACUGGCGCAUGACACCCGAGCAGAUGGAACACGAGUGGGAGAAGACACGCGACAUCGACAAUCCGCUGACGCCGUGGGUGCACGUCUACCGCGAUUGUCUGGACAUCAGCGAGGCGCGCAACGUCAGCUACCACGAGCGGCCGCCGAUCGACGGCAUCGUGCGCCGGUUCCGGCUGGCCAAGCGGACCGCCUACGGCGCCGGCGUAUGCCUGACACUGCUAUUCGUCGUCAUCUGGCCGAGCAGCAUGAUUGCCGCCCAUCCACUGGACAGCGCCGGCUUCCUGGCGUGGACCACGCUGUCGCGCGGCUGGGGCUUCGUGGCGGCGACGUUCAUCAUCGUGGUGCCGCUGCUGCAGGAGCUGUACGCCAUCGGGCACAAGUGGCGCAAACAGCAGCUGGUGCGCAGCUCGCCCAGCGACUGUCUCUCGCUGCAGAGCCAGUGCACCUCGCCGACGCACAGCAGGGCCGACUCGGCGGAGGUGCUGGCGGCAGAGAACGGCGCCGCCCCGACCGAGAACGGCACCCGCAAGCUGCCCGCCGAGUGAGCGUGCCGUCCGAGAGGUGCAAGUCAGCUCGAUAGGCGUCGGGUGAUCCUCACGCGGCGGCUGUAGAGAUGGGAGACAAGAUGCCGGUCGUGCUGGCACGCAGGCCGUGGCCAGAGCCAGGGCCCGCUGAAAGAUGUCCCGUACUGACCAUCCAUCAGCAGCACUCCAGGGAUUUCAAGAAACCAAAGGGCUCUCUCUGAACGAAACAAGAGCGGAUGCCAUCACGGCUGUGAUGACGAUAACCUAUGGAGGACGAAACAAGUGAUUUGAUGGGCAUCGAAUAAGAGAUGAGAAUAUUCUUGUUGCAUCAUUGAGGAAUAAUGCCUGUAACGAUUGCAUAUCGGUGACAAUAUCAUAAAUCAUGAAGCGGCUCAAGGAACGUGCGCUUAUUGUAUAAGCAUGGUGCUCAUGAAGUGAGACAAAGAUUCUCAAUGGCAAAUGUAUGUGUUGUGUAAUGCUAGCCUACGCUGGUUGAAAGCUUUCAUAUAUGUAUUUGUACGGUCAUUUCCGGGCCGCGAAUGAAGGAAAUACGCAUAGCUCUGUUUUGUCCCUUCGUGGUUUCGAAACACGAGAAAGUUUACUAAUAAUGUUGCUGAGGUAUUAAUAGCUUCGACGACACUUGUACACAAGGUGCAGGGCAAUGGUUGUACAAUUAUCUAGCAUGCAAUUUGUUGAAUAAAGUUUGAAAACGAAAUAA